CAGCGUUUGCCCCUGGGGGUCCCCCGGCAGUGUCUGCUGCGGACCGGGGCUGCUAUUGGCCGGCAGGGCCUGUGGUCCCGAGCAAAAGCUGGAGGCAGAGAAACGCGGACAAGGGCAGGCUGAACCGUGACAGACACCUCUGCAUCUGGGGGAACACUCACCGACUGAUGGCAGCAUCCGGAUACGAUGUCCCCCAAAUCUCCUAUGAAUUCCUUCCUCGGGCAGCUCCAAGUGGAACCACGCAGCCAGAAGACUAUGCUACUUUAGAAUUUCCAGAGACGGGCUUGUGAGAAACACACUUUGUGACCCAUUGUCUCACAGUUCUGAAUCGCGACCGAGGUUCCAGGCGAGGCUGCGGACAUUCCACACAGGAAGUGCUGACAUCAAGCCAGGAAGCUCCUCCACUGCCACCCACCACCUCCUGCUCUGCACCCUCCACCAAGGGUCAAGGGACCCGGGGGCGUGCCGAGAAGGCAAAGAGAACAUUGCCAGAGGAACAUGAAUGGUGCUAGUGCUUUCAGAGUGUUUUGGAAAACAAAAGAAUGGGAUAGGAAAAAAUCAACCUUUGAUUCAGAGGAAGAUACUUCAUUUAUACUUAAAAAAAAAAGGUGUUUCCAAAAGAAAGAUUCGGGGGCAUCAGAGGGCAGUGCAGAUGAUGAGGAGCAGCUGGUCUGUCAACAAGGGAUCACGUUUCCCUGUUCCAUCUGCAAGCAGGAAGUUGAAACCGCUGGUGCUUUUGUCCACAAGCAGGAACACAUAGCUCUGGCUGCACUGGGUCUCCAGUGGCGGGGUGGGAAGAAGCAGCCAGCCUCUAAGAUUGUUGCUCAGAGACAGAUUUUAAUUGCUAACCUGUUGUCCUCCUCUAUGCUCAAUGAAAAGGUCCUACAGAGCAUUAAUAAUGCUUUUGAGCUACUUUGGCACAAACGAAUACCAGUACAGUAUAAGAUUUUUGAUACCAUCCACAGGAGCUAUGUAUAUUCUCAAAAAAUCUAUCAUCUGUUAAUUAAAGGAGUGGCCGUCUGUGAAGAUAGGAUUUCUACCAGGAAAACUGAAAUGAACGAUAACUUCAUGAUGAUAAAUAAUUUUGGCAACAAACCCAACGUGUGUUUCUUCAGUUUGUUUGAUGGACAUCAAGGUGCCUCGGCAGCAGACUUCAUGUCAGCAGAAUUCCCGGUUUUGCUUCUCCACCAACUGUCUAAAUUUGACCCUUGUUACCAGAUGACCCCAGAACAGCAGCAAGUGGUUGAUUCCUUUGACAGCAUCUUUAGAGAGGACUAUACGGCGAUCGAAGAUCUCUUCUCAUCUACAAAGACAAACCCCAGCAGGCACAGGUGUAAUUAUGAGGAUACGCACAAGGCCUUUGCAAAAGCAUUUUGGAGGAUGGAUAAACUCUUACGUCUUGGAAGGAAAGAAGGCUCCAGGGUGCUGUGGAGUGGCUGCUCCGUGGUUACUUGCAUACUGGAAGGCAAAAUUAAAUACCCGUAUGCCAAUAUGAAUUGGAAAAAAAUCAACAGCAGGCAUAAAUUGGCAGAGAGCUUCCCCUCCCAGAUGGUGCCACAAAUAAUUUCUGGAAUAUUACACAUUGCAAACACUGGUAACGUGCAAGCAGUCUUAUGCAGAAAUGGAAAAGGAUUUUGUCUCACCAAAGAACACACCACAGAGAACACCAGUGAAAGAAGAAGAGUCCUUCAGAGUGGAGCACUAAUUACUUCGACUGAACCGUAUGGGCUCUUGGAAGGGCAAACAAAGACGACACGAGGCCUUGGAUUUCAUGGAGAUCUCAAGCUGAAAAAAUUUAUUAUCCCAGCACCUGAAACUAUUUCUGUCCCUAUUGAUGACUUAUGUCAAUUCCUUAUCUUAGCUACUAAUGGACUCUGGGAAGUUCUGGAUAAAGAGGAAGUCAUAGCACUGACAAUAACCCUGUUUCAGAUAUACAAGGAAACAUGUGCUCCCAUCAUACAGAACAAGUCACAAUGCAUGAAGCCUCUGUAUCUUUCAAUCAGUGAUACAGGCAUUCCUGAAUCAGAAAGUAAUAUUCAUGUAUUGUUUCAAUAUAACCCUGAAUCUAAUGAAUAUGUGUCAACUACAAAUUUAAAGACAAAACUGUCUGAUUUAAAAUAUUCUGAACACUUUAAGUCUAAAAAUGUGGAAACAUUUCCACCACAAAUGACUAAUCAUGAAGCUUGCAGGGAGGAAGAGACUGCCAGCCCACCCAGUGCAGACAAUGCACAAACAAGCGAAGAAGACUCGCCAGACACGAGGAAUUUCUUUGAAGGUGCAGCUGAGUAUAUCAGCCGUGAGCUUGUAAAUGCUGCUCUGGAGGCCGGUUCCAGAGACAAUAUUACAGUGAUGGUAAUAUUUCUCAAUGGAAGUGAGUAUCAGUUGCUGAUGUAAAAAAUUAAGUUCCAGUUAUUCAGAGAACCAAAAUAUAUUGCUACAAAGACAGUUCUUCAGUAAAACAAGUAUUAGGAUGAUACAUCAACACCAUGGGAAAUAAUUUUUCAGACCACAGUAAAGAAAAUAUAAAGGCAGACUUUAGGCUAUGUAUGUUCACUGUUUUAUGCCAAAAAAGAGAGAAAAACUAGUAUUUGCUUUUUUACCACUUUAUUCCAACCUGAGCACCUCAAUAUAAAACUAAACACUGGUGAACUGUUUUCCUUGCUAAUUCUGAAUUACCGUAAAAUGUACAAGAGGUCUGCUAAGAGUUCGACACUUAAAUAGAUUAAAUCAUCUGACGCAUGGUAGAUUUCAUAUAAUGAAAAUACCUAGAAAUUAGUGCAAUAUACGGAACUUAUCAAAAUAAAGUGGACUUUGAAAAACAAGGCUGCAAGAUAAAUGUUACUAACAUUGUAAUAUUUAUGUUACAAAUUACAGACACAUUUCUUAUUAUGGUUCUGGCCAUGUAGGAACUGAAGCCCCUUCUUUGCAAAGGGUGAGAGGAAGAAUUAGCUGUUUUAGUAACUGUACACUUUGUAUACUUUUAAGCAACUCUUAAAUAUUACAGAAAACAAUAAACAUAUAUGGAGGUUACAAUGCAGUACCCUAUUUACAGUACAGCUGAAGAUAAAAUUUAAAACAAGUUUGAAUGUACAUAAUUGUUAGUGCACUGACUGUACUACGUCCAAGGGGACAGAAGCCUCUUCCCUGCCCCAAACAAGACCUAUGUAACGGCCUGCAGUGAUUGGAAAAAAAAAAUCAGA